AUGCCACCCAGACGCUCUCAUACAAAAUCACGGCAUGGAUGUGACCGGUGUAGAAGAAGGCGGAUCAAAUGCGACGAAGGUGGCCCGCCGUGCACAAACUGUGUAGCGCGAAAUGCAGAGUGUCAAUAUUCCACAGGGAGGCUGUUCCAACUCUCUCAAUAUGACGCUCAGUCUCUUCCCAAUCCUGUACCACAGGGAGAGACGUGUCGGUCUGCAAUGGGGCAUGGGGUCAAUGAUUCCGAGACGCGCCUAAAUGAUGAACCUCCACCUUCAUUUUCACUGUCUCCGAACCGCAUGCGAGAACUCGAACUCAUGCACCAAUGGUGCAUGAAGACCUGCCACAGUUUCUCAUCUGACUUGAGUAAUGUCUUUGGGACUUACGUCGUGCAGCAGGCGCUCCAUCACCCAUUCUUGAUGGACGCAUUAUUGGCAUUAUCAUCCCUGCAUAUAGCCAAUGAUCUUGCUUCCGCCAACACCAACAACAUUGAAAUAUCUACCAACGAUGGACCAAACCCAGCUUCUACAGAAGACUACAUCAUCGAUGCCCUACAUUAUCAAAACCAAGCAGCCCCAGCCUUCCGCGCUGCCCUCGAACACAUAUACCCGUCAAACUGCAAUGCACUUUUCGCAUGCUCCGCGAUAAUGAUGGCUUGCGCCGUUAUAUCGUCCUUCUCCCAACCUGGCGAGAACACUGGCAUGGGCACCCUAACAGCACUUCUCCCCUUCAUCAAAGGAGUGCAUGUUGUCAUUGACAGAUCCCGAGACUGGCUGGCGAGUGGGCCGUUUGGGCUCGUUAUGCAGUGUCAUUUGGACGACGACUGGUUAUCAUUCCAGCCAGAAGAUGUUGAGCUGCUGCCGAGUCGAAUACGGGAAAUACACCGUCUUUGCUCUCGCUCACAGACAUCGGACGUAUGUACCCGGGCUGUUGUCAUGCUGGCGAAGUGCUAUGUGAAAGCAGACGCAAUGGCCCUUCCAUGGUUAGUCGUCGUUGGUGACGAGUUUGCGAGGCUUGUCCAGGAGGGACGGCCCAUGGCGUUGUUGAUAUGUAUGUGUUGGGGGGUGCUGCUCAAUCGUCUGGAAGGGAUUUGGUGGGCGAAAGCAUCUGGAAGGAAGAUAGUAGCGCAGUUGGUACCGCGCUUAGUUGGUGCUGAAGAGUGGGGUGAUAUAGUGAACUGGGCAAAGGAAGAGACGAGUAUUGAGGCUGGGACAUGA